GUGAUUGUUUUCACACCUCCCCUUCACAUAUUCACGCGUUCUAGAGCCUCCCAACAUUUCAGUUUCCACCUCCCUAUAUACUCUACUCUCUUCAUCUACCACCACACCACACCCACCUUAUAAAGUAGCAAAACCCCUAAAUUAGCCCUACAUCUUGCAUACCCAUCAAGACUUACUUACUGAUAACGAUGUCUUUGUAAGAAAGAUCGAUUUUUUAACCUUACCCAGAUCGUAAUUUUGGGUGUUUUCAUGGCGGGUGGUGAAGGUGAAGGUACUUCUUUAGAGUUUACACCCACAUGGGUUGUGGCUGCCGUUUGUACUGUUAUUGUUGGGAUCUCUCUUGCUGUUGAACGCCUGCUUCAUUAUACUGGAAAGAAAUUGAAGAAGGCUGGUCAAAAGCCACUCUUUGAAGCCUUGCAAAAGAUUAAAGAGGAGUUGAUGCUUUUGGGAUUUAUUUCUCUUUUAUUAACUGUUUUCCAAUCAAGAAUUGUCAAGAUUUGUGUAAAGGAGAGUAUAACGGAACACCUUCUUCCAUGCUCACUGCAUGAUAAAGAAGAGGCGUUAAACCCUAAACCCGAGGGUACUUCUCAUGUUCGUCAUUUACUCGCAGAAGAAGCAGUGGCUGUCGGCUAUUGUGCUGCGAAGGGAAAGGUCCCACUUCUAUCUCUUGAGGCUUUGCAUCAUCUACACAUAUUUAUUUUCGUUCUAGCCGUCGUGCACGUGACGUUUUCUGUCCUCACCGUUGUAUUUGGAGGCGCUAAGAUACGGCAAUGGAAGCAUUGGGAAGAAUCUAUCACAAAAGAUAACUUUGAUCACUCACAAGUUUUUAUUAAGUCGUCGAAAUUCACAAAUGUAAAAGAGCAUGACUUUAUUAGGAACCGUUUUGUUGGUAUUGGCAAAGGCUCAGCGAUUCGAGGCUGGAUACAUUCCUUCUGCAAGCAAUUCUAUGGAUCUGUCACAAAGACAGAUUAUGUAGCACUGCGUUUGGGAUUUAUUACGACCCAUUGCAAGGCAAACCCGAAGUUCAAUUUUCACAAAUACAUGAUACGUGCUCUGGAAGAUGAUUUUAAAAAAGUGGUUGGAAUCAGCUGGUAUCUGUGGGUCUUCGUUGUCAUAUUCUUGUUGCUGAACGUUAAUGGCUGGCAUACAUAUUUUUGGAUAGCUUUCGUUCCGUUCAUCCUUCUACUUGCCGUGGGAACAAAGCUAGAGCACAUAAUAAUUCAGUUAGCUCAUGAGGUUGCUGAGAAACAUAUAGCCAUAGAAGGCGAUUUAGUUGUGCAACCAUCGGAUGAUCAUUUUUGGUUUCACCGCCCCAAAAUUGUGCUUUUUCUCAUACAUUUCAUCCUCUUUCAAAAUGCAUUUGAGAUCGCAUUCUUCUUCUGGAUUUGGGUUCAAUAUGGCUUUGACUCGUGCAUAAUGGGACAAGUGCGCUAUAUUAUCCCUCGGCUCAUUAUUGGGGUGUUUAUUCAGGUUCUGUGCAGUUACAGCACUCUACCACUUUACGCCCUUGUGACACAGAUGGGGACCAAUUUCAAGAAAGCAAUAUUUGAAGACCAUAUACAGGCCAAAGUUGUGGGCUGGGCUCUAAAUGUCAAGAAAAAGAUGGCCAAUAACGGUGGGACCAAUGGCUCGAGCCAUGAUGGUUCAACUGCCACCACUUCUGCCACUACUGCUGCUGCCACAUCUGCUUUUAAGACCAUUCAACUUGGUAAAAUUAAUCAGAGCCAGCAGUCGUGAGCUUGCGGCGGUUCAUAUUGAUGCAUAUGUUAAUAUACUACGGUAGUAGCUGAAGAAGAAGUCCAAUCUUGAACCUCGUUUUGCUAUGGUGCGAUGAUAGUAAUCGUGAUAUAACAAGUUUUUGUUUGGAUGAGCAAAAUGGUUUUGAAUUUGUAACUAUUGGAGGUUUUAUUGGUGAUAUUUGAAGUAAAUGCUUGGUUGGUAAAUCAAUUUUUGCUUUAGAUUGUGUUUUGUUAUGAUUGAAGUCACUUUUAAAAAUACAUAGAAAAUGACAUGACUGAGUUCUGUAAAUGGGUGGUUCUGAUUUGGGGAUAUGAUAGGCUCAAUUUAAUAUUU